GGAGGACUCCGCGUUCCCGGCGUGCCCCGCGGCGCGUCCCGUGAUCCCCGGCGGCGCUGAGGGGCCGGAGCGGGGUGAGCGGGACCGGACCCUUCCCGGAGCCCCCCGCGCCGGUCCCGAGGACCUCUCGGAGGGCGUUGGGGGGGAUUUGGGGGUCCCCGCUCGCCCUGAGGCCCCCUCCCUGCCCCAGCCUCCCCCCCGCGGGCUCUGCCCUCCCUCCCUCCCUCCCUCCCUGCAGGUUUCGGGGCUCCCCCCUCCCCUAUAAGCCCCCCCCCGCCGCCAUGGAGGAGGUCGACAAAAUCCUCAUCCACUCGCUGCGGCAGGCGGGGACGCUGGUGCCCCCCGAGAUCCAGAGCGUGCGGGACUUCCCGCCGGAGCUGGUGGUGGAGGCGGCGGUGCGCUGCGUCCGCGUGGUGCGCCCGGCCUUGGGCGCCCCGCUCAGCACCCUCCUGCCCCCCGGCAUGUCAGCCCGCUUCCGCCUCGCCUCCGACCUGGCCAGCGCCUGCCAGGAGCUGGGCUUCGGCGGCGACGUGGGCUACCAGACCUUCCUGUACAGCUCCGAGCACGACACCCGCCGCCUCCUGCUCUUCCUCGUGGAGAAGCUGCCGCGGGACGAGGCCGGCGGGGGGGCAGAGCCCCCAGGGAAGUCGGGGCCGCUGCUCCGGGCCAUCGGCGCCCGCAUCCGGGACCAGCUGGUGACCCCCUGGGUGCCCCCCUGCUGCCGCACCCCCCACCUCCAGCGCCUGCAGGGUACGGGUCAUCUCCGUCCCUUUUCUACUUGCCCCCUGGUUCUGCCCCACACUGGGGGCCCCCCAGAGUUGCAGGAGUACUUCAGGGGGGCGGCCCCCCCCGUGCCCGCACAGCCUCCCCGGCCUGCCGGGGCCCCCCCGGCGCUGCUGGAGACCCACGCGGCCCAGCUCAGCGCCCGCCGCGACUGGGAGGCCGAGUGGGGGGGCACCGGGCUGGCCUCCCGCCUGCCCCCCCAGGAAUACGUGGGGCGGAAGCAGCUCCGGGCCCGGCUCCGGGCGCUGGAAUCCCUGCGCCAGGCCUGCCCCCCUCGGCCCCACAGCCCCCCCGAGGGGCCCUUGGACCCCGCCUGGCUCCAGGGGGCCUUCGGGGCUGGGGGGGGGGCUGGGGGGGCGCUGCCCAAAGGCUCCCGUUUCACCCGCACCCAGCACCUGACCCACGAGCAGGACCCCCAGAUAUUGCUGCAGCAGGUCCAGGCGGCUGCUGAGACCCUGCCGCCCUCGAAGAGCUCCGAGGAGGGCGCGGGGGCGCGCCAGGCCGGGGAGGCGGCCGCGCUGGAGGCGACGCUGGCCCAGCUGGAGGCGGCGAUCGAGGGCCGGCGCGGGGAGGCGCGGGACGCCCAGCUGGGGCUGGCGCAGGUGGAGGCGGAGGUGCGGCAGGGCCGCCUGGCGCUGGGGGGCCGCCGGGACGCGCUGCGGCUCAAGGCGCGGGCCCUCGAGCUGCUCCCGGACGCCCACGGCAACAUGGCCAAGCUGCAGCUGGUGGUGGAGGCGAGCAGCCGGCGCAUCGUCAGCCUGGCGGGGCAGUGGGAGCGGCACCGGGGGCCCCUCCUGGCCGAGUACCGGCACCUCCGGGCCCUGCGCGACUCCGCUCAGCUGGAGUCGUCGCGGCGCCUGUCGGAGAUCCGGGCACUGCACGAGCGGAGCCGCUCGGCCGCCGCUGAGGCCCGGCGCAAGGAGGAGCUCUGCAAGCAGCUGGUGCUGGAGCUGGAGGCGCUGCCCCGCGACGUCUCGCGCGCCGUCUACACCCGCCGCAUCCUGGAGAUUGUCGGCAACAUCCGCAAGCAAAAGGAGGAGAUCGGCAAGAUCCUGGUGGACACGCGGGCGCUGCAGAAGGAGAUCAACGCGCUGGCGGGGAAGUUGGAGCGGACCUUCAGCGUCACCGACGAGCUGCUCUUCAAGGAUGCCAAGAGGGACGAGGUGGUGAGGAAGGCCUACAAGUACCUGGCAGCGCUGCACGAGAACUGUGCCCAGCUCAUCCGCACCAUCGAGGACACUGGCACCAUCCAGCGUGAGAUCCGCGACCUGGAGGAGCAGAUCGAGGGGGAGACGAGCGCGAAGCCCCCUGCCAGCCUCGACCGCAUCCUCAGCGACUGCCGGGCGCUGCGGGAGGAGAACGCCGCGCUGGCCGCCCGCAUCCGGCACGCCUGACCCCAAAGCGGGGUGCCCCCCCCCCAAGCACGUACGCACCCCCCCCAGCUGAUGGCGGGGGGGGAGGGCGGCUCCUUCGUGGCUUCAAUAAAGGCCCGGUGCAGCGGU